AUGAAACUCCACAUCAAAGAACAAUUGAGGAAUAUUGGAUAUCCCGAAGCGAUCGACAUGAAACUGCCUUCUCAACUAGUAAAGACAAAGGAUGCUCCGAAGAAAAUGAAGCCUACACCAAAUGUCAACUCGACUAUACGGUCUCCUUCUUAUUGUGAGCACGUUGAUAAACUUUUUCCCGAUUCACCGACCCCUAAAUCUCAAAAAAAGUUCCAUGAAAGGAGAUCGCAUAAGCAAACCGCCUCCGACACCGAUUACAUCGAAAAUUCCUUCAUCGAUGAGAUGUCGGUUUUUAUGCACAAAUACAUUGAGCGGAUCGUCAAUGUUGAGGGGAACGGUAAUUGCGGUUACCGGGCCGUUUCGACUUUGCUCGGUAAAGGAGAGGAUAGCCAUGCGCUUGUCCGUCAUCAACUUAUACAAGAGUUGAAGACACAUAAAGACUCUUACACGCAGUUAUAUGGAGAGAAAGAUAAACUUGAAGCGGUUUAUGAAUCUCUUGUUCCUUGGUUGAGCGGUCACACACUGGUUUCAAAAUUGAUGAGAUUUUUGGAAAUGGGGAAUCUUAUUGCAUAUGCAUAUGAUAGGGUGUUCAUUGACUUGACGCACUACGGAUUUUCAAAAACCUUUUUCCUGCUCCGCACCGCACCACCUAGGAAUCCAAAUGAUCGCAUCAUGUGUAUUGGAUGGCUUGCAAAAUCAAGUCAUUUUGUACAAGUUUACUUGAAACAUGGAUGCCCCAUACCACUUACGUCACCAGAAUGGGCGACUCUUCAUGACGCAAAUGUCAAGACGUGGCCGGGUCUUUUUGUUGAUAGGAUGCACGAAUUCGAAAGAUUGAACAACAUUGAAAAUGAAUCGAAUGCGGAAAACGAAAGUUCCGGAGAUGUAUCUACGGAAGCUUCUUAA